UAGAAUAAUAAAACAUAUGACAUGUAACCAACUAUUGAACCGCCAACAGUACGCCUACCAGCCCGGGCGCUCGACGGUUGACGCCGCGCGCGACGUGGUGGCGCGCGUUCUCCAGCACCUCAAAGACGGGCGACAAGUUGCAGCCGUAUUCUGCGACUUGUCGCGUGCCUUCGAGAUGAUUAAUCACGCCCUUCUCCUAGACAAGUUGUCACGCUACGGAUUUACUGGCAGUUUCUAUAAUACUAUAGCCUCGUUCUUGAAAAAUCGUAGACAAUGCACGUGUGUCCUCAAUGCGAGGUCGGAAAUAGAACCUAUAGGCAGUAGCUCCGUUCCCCAGGGCUCCUCAACGGGCAAUAACCUGUUUUUAGUGUUAAUGAACGACAUCACAUCUGCCUGCGAUGAUCCGGAGUACGUAAUGUUCGCCGACGACACGUGCAUCAUUAUUAACGCUGACAACAUUGAUCAAUUAAAAUCCACGUUAUCCAUGAUAAUGCUUAAAAUGUCGAGAUGGUUUUCCGCUAACGGGAUGUUACUCAACGUUGACAAGACUAACAUAAUACACUUUAAACUAAAAAAUAAUAAUGAUAACGCUCAACUCGACAUAUCAAUAAAUAACGUUAUAGUCCCACAGGUCAAGGAGACUAAGUACCUCGGGUUUAUUAUCGACUCAGGGCUGACCUGGACUCCCAACAUAGACCAAUUAUGUAAUAAACUGGCCUCGGCGUGCUUUGCUCUGUCUAGGCUUGCCCCGACGUUAACUACCGACGGAAUUACAUACUGA